AUGGCAAAAAAGACAGAAGACAUCACCUUGGUAAUAGGUCACACUUUCCCUGAUCACACCCUCCAUCACUUUCCAGAAAUGAAUUUAGAGAGGAUUUAUAUGGAUUAUAAUGCUACUACCCCAAUGGAGCCAAAGGUGAUUGAAGCUGUUUCUGAAGCCCUCCAGGAUGCCUGGGGAAACCCUAGCAGCAAUCAUAUUGCUGGUGCCAUGGCCAAAGCUAUUAUUAACCAGUCCAGACAGAGUGUGGCCAAAAUGGUUGGAGGUAAAGCCGAGGACAUUAUUUUCACCUCUGGAGGAACAGAGGCUAAUAACCUGGUGCUGCACACGGCCGUAGAGCACUUCCGGAAAAUCAGCCGUUCUGCUGAGCAAGGAGAAGGACAUCAGAAUGGAUGCUCUGGUUUACCUCACAUCAUCACCACCAAUGUGGAGCAUGACUCGAUCAAAAUCACAGCUCAGCACUUAGAGAUGGAGGGCAAGGCGGAUGUGACAUUUGUGCCCGUGUCUAAGGUGACGGCUCGUGUAGAGGUAGAUGAUAUAGUUGCAGCAGUGCGUCCAAACACAUGUCUUAUCACAGUCAUGACGGCCAACAAUGAGACUGGAGUCAUAAUGCCAGUCCAAGAGAUUUGUCAGAGAAUAAAAUCUCUCAACAAGCAACGUGAGAGACUCAAAAUCCUGACCCACACUGAUGCUGCCCAGGCCCUGGGCAAAAUCCCAGUAGAUGUCCAGGAACUUGGAGUAGAUUACCUUACAAUAGUUGGACACAAGUUCUAUGCCCCACGUGUGGGUGCUCUGUAUGCAAACGGCCCUGGAAAAAGAACACCUAUCUAUCCGUUGUUGUUUGGAGGAGGGCAGGAGAGGGAUUUCAGAGCAGGCACCGAAAACACACCAAUGAUUGCUGGUUUGGGAAAGGCUGCAGAACUGGUGACCUCAAAUCUGUCAGAAUAUCAGAGUCACAUGCAAAGUAUUAAACUUUAUUUGGAAGAACGACUGACGGGUGUCUUUCAAGACAAGGUCCGCUUCAACAGCCACUACCCUGGCUCUGAUACUCUCCCUAACACAUGUAACGUGUCCAUCAUGGGUCCGGCAUUACAAGGCUGGAGGGUAUUGUCCAACUGCAGGAGGCUGCUGGCAAGCGUCGGUGCUGCCUGCCACUCCGAUCGCGUGAACAGGCCUUCUCAUAUCCUCCUGAGCUCUGGCAUACCCACAGAGGUUGCGGCUAAUGCCAUAAGGUUGAGCGUGGGCAGGGGAACGACCAAAGCAGAUGUGGACGCAGUUGUGGAGGACCUGAGGGAGACUGUCCAGCUGCUGGAAGAAAUGAACUGA